AGCUGACAUUGAAUUAAGAAAAAAAAACAUAUGAUCUAUCCAAUCAAAUGUGUUUUGCCAUAUUACAAGAAUUAAAUAAGUGUUUAGACGAAAGAUUUUUUUAAUUUUAAAAUCAAAAUUUAGCCGAUGCCAUGAUUCGAGAAGAUGACCCACAGUUUAGGAUAACACCGUUUCAGCAAACGGCAUCGGCUUGUACUGGUGCCCUUAUAACCUCGUUGUUCAUGACACCUUUGGACGUGGUGAAGAUAAGACUUCAAGCUCAGCAGAAGGCUUUGCUUUCGAAUAAAUGUUACCUGUAUUGUAAUGGUUUAAUGGAACAUCUUUGUCCUUGCGGCGAAUCAGCAUGGAUCCCGCGACGAGUACAUUUCCACGGUACCAUCGAUGCAUUCUACAAAAUAGCCAAGUUAGAAGGAGUUCCUGCCCUAUGGUCUGGUUUAAGUCCAACCCUUGUCCUCGCUGUUCCCUGCACAGUCAUCUACUUUGUGUCAUAUGAACAGUUACGUUACAAAAUGAAAACCUCAUACAACAAGAUUAGUGGAGACCUAAGUCAACCAAUGUGGAUACCCCUGAUCGCUGGAGCUACCGCCAGAGUUACAGCAGUUACCAUCGUAAGCCCUCUGGAACUAAUCAGGACGAAAAUGCAGUCAAAGAAGCUGACUUAUUCAGAAAUAACUUCUGCAUUACGUCAAGUAAUAAAAGUGGAGGGAUACAGAGGCCUGUUCCGAGGAUUAGGAUCUACACUUCUAAGAGACGUACCAUUCUCAGGAAUAUAUUGGACUACUUUUGAAUCAGUAAAAAGAAAAUAUAACAAACCUGAUUCAGAGAAAAAUACAUUUUUAUUUAACUUCUUCUGCGGAUCGGUUGCUGGAAGUAUUGCAGCCUUCGUCACAUUGCCCUUUGAUGUAGUAAAAACUCACCAACAAAUAGAAUUAGGUGAAAAAGAGAUUUACGCCGAAAGUAAAGGCAAACAGAGGGCUUCAAACAUGCACGACAUUGUUAGAAACAUAUACAAGAACAAUGGUAUAAAGGGACUUUUUACUGGUCUUCUGCCUCGAAUAUUUAAAGUGGCCCCAGCGUGCGCCAUUAUGAUUGCCACAUUUGAAUACGGCAAGCAAUUCUUCCAAAAGUACAACACACAGAAAUAUAAAGAGAAAAUGCAGAGGCAUCAAGAAAUUGUUAUAGUUCCGGUGACACAGCCAUCCACUGGCAGUGACUACUCCUGAAUGGACACAGAUUUAGUUAAGGGACAUAAGUAAUGCAUGACCAUUGCAGUUACAUUCAUGUAAUAUAUAUAUUACUACAGUAGUUGUCAACUAUUUAAUGUACAUUUAGCUGUAAAAUGCAAAUGUCCUCAUGUAUAUUUAACAGUCAUUUUAAUAUUGGUGAAUGUUGAAAUCAUUGUGCAAACUUUGUUUUAUCGAGAAGCAAUUUACAGCCCAUUUCCAUUUCAUAUCUUUUAAACUACAUAAUAUUUUUUAAUGGAUGUUCCUCUGGUGAAAUGUUUAUUCGGAAUUUGUACUAUUACCAUCUAAAAUGAUCAUAAAUAUAUACAUAUCAACUUGGUAUUGUUAUAUAAUAAUUUCUUAAGAUGUAAAUUAUAUCACCAUGUUCGCACAUUGAUUUCAAAAUAUUGAAGUAAGUGUUAUUUUUGCUUCCAUGAAACAAUAUUCCAGCAACCAAAGUAGUGACUGAAGUAGAAGAAAGUCAAUGAUGUGAUAUUUUAUUUAAAAGUCCAUAUCUCGGCUGUUUGUUGUUUCUUUUGACGAUUGAUAAUAUUUUUUGUUUUCUAAGGGCAGUCUGAUUUAAUUUAAUCAGUUGUAAUUUAAGAUGCUUAUUUCGUUGUUGAGUCUAUUGCUGUUUUAAAGUCCAGUCUGAAAAAUUAUGAACGUAACGUAAUUUUAGUGUACUGUUAGGACACACCAAUUAUGUAUUUUUAUAAAACCACAAUUUGUUACAUUAUUUGAUUUAUAAUUUUAAUGUUAUUGCUCACAUUCUCUAUCAAUACACAGUUUAGAGAGAAUGGACGAAUUGUAUUAUAAUUUUUGUUUAGAAAUUAAUGUUAUUUGUAAAUAUUGGUUUAAUAUUAUAAAUGGCAAAGCAAAUAAAUUUAGUAGGCAUCUACUAAUAUAGAAGGUCUUGCACAUUUUUUUUAUUAUUUCUUACAUCUUAACCUAAAAUACGAUCAAAUGCUACACAUUAAGAGGUUAGUUUAAAAAAAUAGUAAUAAUAAAAAUGUUUUUAAAAGA